GCUACCUAUACUGAUAAUCCUCCAAGGUCCAUACGCGUCAAUGGCGCCGACUGUGGUGUUGAGGCCCUGAUCCUCGGGGCCAUCACCUCGAUCGGCGGCUUUCUUUUUGGCUAUGAUACCGGCCAGAUCUCGGGCAUGCUGCUGUUCCGAGACUUCAAAGAUCGCUUCGGUCAGGUCGACACGCCGGAGGGCCGAGACUUUCAGCCCAUCAUUCAGUCCCUGCUCGUCUCGUUGAUGAGUAUCGGUACACUCUUGGGAGCCUUGAGCGCUUCUUACACUGCCGACUGGUGGGGCCGUAGAAAGAGUCUCACGUUCGGUGUCGGUGUUUUCAUCAUCGGCAACAUCAUUCAAAUCACCGCCAUGAACCACUGGGUCCACAUGAUGAUGGGCCGCUUCGUGGCCGGCUUGGGCGUCGGCAACCUCUCUGUCGGUGUUCCCAUGUUCCAGUCCGAGUGCUCACCCCGAGAGAUUCGUGGUGCUGUUGUCGCCUCGUACCAGCUCAUGAUCACGUUCGGUAUCCUCAUCGCCAACCUUGUCAACUAUGGCGUCAGGGAGAUUGAGGACCAGUCCGCUUCGUGGAGGAUUGUCAUUGGGCUGGGCAUCGCCUUUUCCUUGCCCCUCGGUCUAGGUAUCUUGUUGGUUCCCGAAUCCCCAAGAUGGCUUGCCGCCAGAUCCAGGUGGGACGAAGCUCGUCUGUCACUGGCGCGUCUUCGUGGCAUGAAGAACGACCCUCAACACCAGCUUAUCGAGGACGAUAUGGUGGAGAUGAAGGGAAUUCUUGAAAAGGAGCGUGCUGUUGGCGUCGGGUCCUGGGCCGAGUGUUUUGUGCCAAAGCCCAAUGGUGUGCCCAAACAGGUGUACCGUACGAUUCUCGGCAUCUCGCUCCAUUUCCUUCAGCAGUGGACCGGCGUCAACUACUUCUUCUAUUAUGGCGCCACCAUCUUCGAGUCGGCUGGCAUUGAAGAUCCAAUCCAAACACAGCUCAUUUUGGGCGCCGUCAAUGUGGCCUGCACCUUUUAUGGCCUAUAUGUCGUCGAAAAGUACGGUCGUCGGUGGCCUCUGCUCAUCGGCGCCAUUUGGCAGGCGGCGUGGCUCGCUGUGUUCGCCUCGAUGGGCACUGCGUUGGAUCCCGAGAACAACCGGACUUCAGGUAUCCUCAUGAUCGUGUCGGCCGCCAUGUUUAUUGCCUCCUUCGCUGUCACGUGGGGGCCGAUCUGCUGGGUCGUCAUCGGUGAAACCUUCCCUCUGCGCACCCGUGCCAAGCAGGCCUCCUUGGCCACUGCUGGCAACUGGCUUGGAAAUUGUGAGUACUUGGCCUCCUUACCCAAAGACACGAUGCUGAUAUUGUUCUCAGUUAUGAUCUCCUUCCUCACGCCCCUUGCAACCGAUGGCAUUGGGUAUGCCUACGGUUUUGUGUUUGUCGCCACCAACAUCGCGGGCGCACUGCUGGUGUACUUCUUCCUCUACGAGUCGGUCAGUCUCAGUCUGGAGAACGUCGACACGAUGUACAGCCAACCUGAUCUGAAGCCCUGGACGUCCAAGAAGUGGAUGCCCCCUGGAUAUGUCACACGCAUGAACAGAGACGAAGACUUCUUCCACAACGACCGGGCUCAGCAUGCCAGCGGAGUUGAUGAUUUGGAUGACCGGACCACCGCUGUACCAAGCGGCAGGCCUAGCCGGGUGGUUGAUGAAGAAAAGAAGGCCGAUGGCGUCAAUGGGCUGGGAGCCACAGAGUCGAGGGAAGAAAGGGUCAACCGGGCGGUGUGA